CUUAGGAGUGAUAUCACCCACUUCACUCCUGCAUGCACACAUAUACCACGAGAAGUGUCUCCAUCUCGCAACGCGCGCUGCCCCUUGUGCUUCACGGAGGACACUCUUUUAACAGAACAACAUACAGCACUGCGCACGAGACCGACAGAGAGAUAACGGAAACAAAAUGUUUUGAUGCUGCUGGAAUAUCACCCUAAUAUGGAGACUUACUCAUUUGGAUUCCGGACUUCAUAGUGGAAAAAACUUACUCAAUACGCUGUGAGUACAGAGCAGGGAGCUGUUACUGAGCACGGAGCUGUUACCGAGCACGGAGCUGUUACCAAGCACGGAGCUGUUGCGGACCCUCCUCUAUGGAACUGAAGAUGAGGGCAGCUCGCCAGGACGCUGAGGGUCCUCACGUAUUUGACCUAUGUGCUCUAGGCUAUAUCUGUUCCCUGAUCACACAACCUAGUGUACAGCGUGUCUCCAUUGAUUAAAUGCUUUAAGACUAAUGACUUGAUCAACAAUUGAAUGCAUCCAAGUUAAGCUGUUUGGGGGUGGAAAGGCGCACGCUAUAAAUAACUCAGGAGAAGAUGCAUUUAUGAUGGAUGUAGCCAAGUUUAUCACCGUUACCUACAACACCUUGCAGGAUGCCAACUCCUCGAGCGCACCGAGACCUCUCCCGCACACGGAGCUGGGCUCUGCGCUCAUCAUACUGCUGGUCACCGUGAUCAUUCUGGUCACCAUCGUUGGUAACGUGCUGGUCAUCGUGGCCGUGCUCACCAGCAGGGCUCUCCGCGCGCCCCAGAACCUUUUCCUGGUGUCCCUGGCAUGCGCGGACAUCCUCGUAGCCACACUGGUCAUCCCGUUCUCCCUUGCCAAUGAGGUCAUGGGUUACUGGUACUUUGGGAGCCCCUGGUGCGCCUUUUAUCUGGCACUGGAUGUACUCUUCUGCACCUCGUCUAUAGUCCACCUGUGCGCCAUCAGUCUGGACCGCUACUGGUCCGUCACCAAGGCAGUGAGCUAUAAUCUGAAGCGGACCCCCAAGCGUAUCAAGUCCAUGAUAGCCAUGGUGUGGGUCAUCUCCGCCGUCAUCUCCUUUCCGCCUCUUAUCAUGACCAAGCAUGAUGAGCACGAGUGUCUGUUAAACAACGAGACCUGGUACAUCCUGUCCUCUUGCCUCGUGUCCUUCUUUGCCCCGGGCCUCAUCAUGAUCCUAGUCUACUGUAAGAUCUAUAAAGUGGCCAAGCAGCGCUCUUCCACAGUGUUCGUGGCUAAGAAUGGCCUGGAGAGGCAGCCCUCCCAGUCAGAGACGUGCUUCAUGAGGAAGGAGCGGAUGGAGAUAGAGAGCCCCAGUAGCCAGAGCUCAGAGGACCACCACAGGCAGGAGGAGCUGGAUGAUAUCGACCUGGAGGAGAGCUGCUGUGCAUCGGACAAACCCAGUAACCACCGCUUCUCCAAGCGAAUGAAGGUGGAGGGCUCGGACUGCUGCCCACGCCAGAGCUGCCGCCUAUCUUGGGCCUCGGCGCGCGCCACGCAGCUUUUCCAAGACCCUAAAAAUGCCAACCCCGCCCUGGCAGCCCAGCGGCAGCACCUUGCGGCGGCCUCGUCCAAGACCAAAGUGGCCCAGAUGCGUGAGAAGCGAUUCACGUUCGUGCUCGCCGUGGUGAUGGGGGUGUUUGUGCUCUGCUGGUUCCCCUUCUUCUUCACAUAUAGCCUGCACGCAAUCUGCAGGGAGAGCUGCUACAUCCCCGGUGCGCUCUUCAACACCUUCUUCUGGAUUGGUUACUGUAACAGCUCCGUGAACCCUAUCAUAUAUACCAUUUUCAACAGGGAUUUCCGUAAGGCAUUUAAGAAAAUAGUUUGCCGGACUUCAAAACGCACUAAUGCCACUUGAAAAGAAGGGUCACUUUGAUCGCCAUGACUGAUUGACUGUGCUUCACUACUCAUCGUAUCCAGCGCUCAGCCCUACACCUCUGAAUGACUAUUAGUUUCAAAAUGAACUUUUAUAUGUAAAUAAUAUGAUGAUAUCAUAUCAAAAUAUCUCGUGUUGUGCACCAAUAUGUGAAUAUUAGAAACAAUGUACAGAGGGAAUAGGAUGUAUUAAACAAAAGUAAAAUAUAUAUAUUGUCAUAGAUGCUUUAAUAUGACUACUGAAUCAUAUUGUCCCCUGCUUUCAAAGUUAAGAAUUCAUUUAAUAUUCAGUGAUGUAGCUAAGGUAUGUAGGCCAAAGCAUAAUAAUUCCAGCACCUUUGUACAACCCGUUCUUUUCUGUACUGUAAUUAAUAUUUUAUGUCCCAUCUAGAUAAAAAAAAAUUAUAAUUUAGUUCAGAGUAAAAAUGAUGUCAUGAACCCAGAUUGCAGAGCUGAUAAAGCUGUGUGGGGCGCUGGGUGUUUUAGAAUCUAAACAUGAAUCAUUCAUCGCACUGUCGUCAAUAAGGAAUGAGAGUCAGAACAGCGGUGUAGUGUCUACUUUUGAUGAGUAGCCAAUCCUAAAUGAUUACAAAUGACUGCAAUUGCUUGGUCGAGUUUGACAGAGGUAUCAAAAUGUAAAGAUUUUAUUUCUGUAUUUUUUUAAACAAUACAAAACAUACACAUACAAACAACAACAUAGCGAUGCACACAUCCAAAACACCCCUGCCCAGACCCACCUGCUCACACCCCCAUCUCCAGCGCCCACAUCACGAUCCGCCACAUAGCCUCAAACUGCACCAUGUUGUUUCUCUCCGUCGCCCACGCGCUUUCAACAUUUAGAUAAUACAGCAUUUGACCUUUCCAUUGUGUUAACGACAGAUUGGUUGAUUUACAGAAGUUUUUUCAAGAUGAUUGACGAGAAGAGUAUUGUCCAACCCAUCGGGGAUCUCACUGCACCCUCAUAAUUAGAUGUAGUUUUCAGUCUAUUUAAAAAAAAUCUAAAAUGUUAUUGAUUACAACUUCUGUCAGACGGGUUUGAGUGGACCUCAGGUCUACCUCAUUGCUGAACCCCCAAAACCCAGGCACUGCUGUCCAUGGGGCUGAAACAUACACUCUACACUGCUGGCACUAUGCUGUGUGAGGAAUGCAUUGGCAUGGCAUAUUCUAUGGUUUACAAAACCACCAUGAGUGUGCCUCUUUUAGAUACUUGUAGACAAUGUAUGUAAACAGGCAGAUCGAUCACACUUUACACUUGCUUAUAUUAUUUUAUCCUAAUGAGAAAGGAAGAUCAUGAGAAUUUACCUAUGGUUUGAGACGUCUUGUAUCGUAAUUAUAAUCUAACAUUUUUCCAAAAUAUAGCGUGUGUGCAUUUGUGUGUGUGAGAAAGGAAGUGAGGAAAAUAUUAGAUUAAACACGUUUUAGUUGGUCUACUACUUCCUCUUCUGUGUUUUGAUUGUCAUCGGCUUUGUGCGCAGGCAGACCUCCAGUGACAUGGAACCACUGUGUAUUGGUUCAACAAUGGCUUAACGUCCCUUACCAAGCUUAAAUCCUUAAUCCUCUUUGUUCUGUAUGAUAUUGCAAUAUAAGGCUUAAAUGGCUUAGUCUAAUUAAACAGUAGGCUGAAUGCCUCUGCUUUGGAUUACAACUGUUCAUCUACCUUUUUUAAAACAUUUUCCAACCGCAAAGCCUCAGGCGUUUAUAGCAUGACAAAUGAAUCCACAACUGGCCAUGUUGCAGACGUGAGCCACAUGACAGUGAUGUCAAGGAAGAUGUGAUUCACAUCUCCAGAUGUGGCUAAUCUGGGGACUGAAAACGAA